GUGGCCCUUGAAAAACUGUCAGAACAAGUCUGACUCAGAACUGAAAAUACAAAAAUAAUCAAAACAAAGUGAUUUGUCUGUGUGGGCCAUUACAUUUUUUUUUACAAUAAUUACUCAUUAAAUUUCAUCAGCACAUUGUUCACAAUUGUAGAAUAAAAGCCCAACACCAUGUUUUCCUUCUUCAAAAGCAAGAAACCCAGCUCGGAUAGCAGUCCAGCCGAUCCUAUACCUGGUCCGAUUCCCCCGGCACCAAAGGAAGACGAUUUUAUUUUUGUGGAACGCAAAGCACCGGGCACACCCAGUGCGAACGGUUCGCCAUCCCACGGUAUUUACCCGAGCAUUCCGCCUUCGGCAGCCACUGACGCGGCUGGUGGUUCCCCAGCCGUGCGCCAGCAGAGUGAAGAGAAAACGAGCCAUAUUUUACACGGGGUGCCAUUUAAACUUUCGCCCGGCCUUACCAAGGACAGCAAUUUCGAAAUUACGCAGUACCAGCUCAACGAAAUAUUUGCCUUCAUCGGACAGGUGGCGAACGCGCAGCUCGAUUAUGAUUUUAGUCUGGAGAGAAGUGUGUUGAACGAUCGAUAGAUGGUAGCUUGUUAUUUAUAGAUCAAAUGCAUAUAUUAUUAGUGACGAUUAAAGAUAUGUAUAACUAAUCCUUGUUUGUAAUUAUUGGGUAAAGUCAAAGAUAUCAAAGAGAAAUAUACCUAGCUUAACUUA